AUGAGAAGACCAUGUUCAUCUGGCUCUUGUGCAUCCUCGGGCACUUACUCCAUACCUCCAGGUGGAAUCUGUGCUUGUGGGGAACUAAUUGUUUACCUGACAUCUCACACUUCUGAUAACCCAGGAAGGCAUUUUUGGAGAUGCAGGAAUUUCAAGGGACUGUGGUUUCUUCUUGUUGGAGUCCAAAGUUCAGGAACACAACGUGUUGUUGAUAUGUUGAGGACAGAGUUGGAAGAUUCGAAGAACAAACUGGAAGAAUUGAAGAAGAAAUUGGAGGAUACAAAGAUGAAAUUGGAGGAAAGCAAGAACAAAAUUAGCAAGCUUGACUGUGAGCUGCUGAACAAGAAAAUUGUCUUUGCAGCCAUACUGAUUGUUGUGUUAGGUUGGGUUGUUAGCAUUUGCUUCCUUUAUGGAAGAAAAAUGUAG